AUGCGUUUCUCUGUCAUUGCUCUCGCGGCUCUGCUCGGUACCGCGUACGCUCUUCCCCUCGUUGCCGAGGGCCCGGAAGAUGCGGUACUGAGAACCCCGUUGACGCUGCGUUCUGCCGAGCCUGAAGCCAUCCCGGAAGCUGACCCAAAGAAGCAUAAACAUCAUCAAAAGGGAAAGGAUGGGAAGAAGAAAGAUCAUGCGGCAAGAGAUGCUUCUGCUGAUCCUGAAGCUGAGGCUAAGAAACAUCACCACAAACUUGGCAAGGACAAACACCACAAAGACAAGGGCACGAACACUGCGAGGGGUGAGAAGCACGAUGGUAAGGCAGCCAAGAGCGCCGACAAGGCCGCGAAGCAUAAUGAGAAGGCCGGAAAGCAUGACGAUAAGGGCAAAAAGCACGAUGGCAAAGGGGGUAAACAUGAGAAGGGAGAGAAGAAGGGCGGUAAAAACCCUCGCGACGCAGACCCAAAGAAGAAGCAUAAAGAACACUACCACAAGGAAAAUCACAAAGAGGAAAAAGGCAAGGGUAACAACCCCUAA